AUGUCUUCUCCACAGGAUACCGUCGCGUUCAUCGGCAUCGGCGUCAUGGGCUACUCCAUGGCCGUAAACCUGCGCGCCAAGCUGCCCUCCACCUCGACCCUCCUGAUCUGUGACGUCUCGCAAGCCGCGCUGCAGAAAUUCCAAUCCGAAAACUCUUCCAAUGGCCCCAUUGAGGUCGUGUCCAAUGGCUAUGAGGCGAUCAAACGAGCCAAUACCCUAAUAACCAUGCUCCCUACAGCCGCGUCGGUAGAGAAAGUGUAUCUAGACCCGGAAACAGGGGUGAUUCAGGGCGCAAUCGACGCCUCCAAGAACGGAGCACCCCAGACGAAGCUUACAAUGGAAUGCGGCACGAUCGAAACGGCUACCAUCUUAAAAGUCGCAGCCGCGACAAAGGAUGCAGCUCCUAAACUCGCCUCGGGAGCAACGCUCGACUUUGUCGACGCGCCCGUCAGCGGUGGACCCAUGGGCGCAGAGGCGGGAACCUUGACGUUCAUGGUGGGUGCCACCACCAAAGACGCCUUCGAGCGGGCAAAGGAGUAUCUCCAGCACAUGGGUAAGAAGGAUAGUAUAUUCCAUUGCGGCGACGUCGGUGCAGGGACCGCGUUCAAAGUGAUCAAUAACUACUUGUCUGCAAUCACAAGUCUAGCCGCGAGUGAAGCAUUGAACAUUGGCUCAAAGAUGGGCCUGGAUCUCAAAUUGCUCACAGACGUGAUCAACGUCAGCGGCGGACAAUGUUGGGUCACAUCCCAGUCCAACCCUGUCCCGGGAAUCCAUGCGAACGCCCCCGCGAGUCGCGGCUACGAAGGCGGCUUCCGGAUUGAACUGUGCAAGCACGUCUUGGAGAUGGGAUCCUCGUUGGCGGAAAUGGUGGGCGCGAGGACAAUCCUGGACAAACCUACUUUGGCAGCGUUUGAGGAUGCUAUGACUGAUCAGAGGUAUAAGGGCAAGGAUGCUCGUGUUGUUUACAAGUGGUUGAACGAUCAAGGGCGGUGA